AUGUCCUUCAUAUGCUCAGUACGGAGAGCAACACUCGAUGAUGGGGUUGGCUUGAAAGGAGAGGAUCUUGUGCGCUUGCAGGACCCACCUAGGUUUCCAUGUCGUAUUGAUAAUCCAUGCGAAGAACUUGCAAUCUCACUCUUCUUAGCCCUCCAACACUCAUCUGAAGCGGCGUAUGACCAUAUUCGCAGUGCUGUUCAAAAGUGCUACCCUGACUCAGAGGUUCCAAGUCUAUACCGAGUCAAAAAGCUUAUUCAUGAGCUUACGGGUAUCUCCUCCAUCGUCGACCACCGCUGUAUCAACUCUUGUGUAGCGUUCGUCGGCCCUUAUGCAGGUCUAGAUGCAUGUCCCAUGUGUGACGAACUGCGUUAUGACCAAAAAAAGCUGGCACGCAGUCAUGGACGCAAGAAAGUCCCUCGUGCUGUUUUCCAAACAAUCCCAAUUGGUCCCCAGCUUCAGGCAUUGUGGCGUGAAUGA